CUACACCGCUUCCAAAAGUGAAUCAGUGAACUCUCCCCGGCCAGUGAGCUGAGUCCGUGAUCCAAAGAUAGUUGUCCAAAUCUAAAUUCUUUUGGAUUUUUCUUAUUAUUAUUGUAUUAUUUCCGUUUGUGUGUGUGUGUAUAUUCGGGUUCCUAACGCAUGACGGAUUGGUUUGGUUACGCACAAGGAAUGUUUCUGUUGUUCGGAAUCGGAGCUCAGCGACUCGGCGUCGGUCUCUGAUGGAGCAAGACACAGCCUGUGCCCGUUUGUUUUUGGAUACAGCGUAGAUCACAUAUACCUGGGAAUGCAGUAAUCAAUGUAGGCCAUAUGUAACAAGUCCUCAAACCAGUCGGAGGGUCUUCAAGACAAGGAAAAGCAGUUGUAAAUGGAUCGCCAUUCCAGCCUUGUUUCUCUCUGGUUUCAGCUGGAACUUUGUGCCAUUGCUGUUCUUCUCACUAAAGGAGAGAUCAGGUGCUACUGUGACGCACCACACUGCGUUGCCACUGGAUACAUGUGUAAAUCAGAGCUCAACGCUUGCUUUACGAAGGUCCUGGACCCACUUAACACAAACUCGCCUCUUACACAUGGGUGUGUAGACUUGCUAGUAAACUCAGCGGACGUGUGCUCCAGCAAAAAUGUGGAUGUUUCCAGCGGAAGCCCCUCUCCUGUAGAGUGUUGCCAUGAUGAUAUGUGUAACUACAGAGGUUUGCAUGACCUCAUGCACCCUCGAGGUGAUUCGACAGACAGAUACUACAGCUCCAACCAGAACCUGAUCACAAGGGUGCAAGAGUUAGCAUCCGCUAAGGAGGUGUGGUUCCGGGCGGCAGUGAUAGCGGUUCCCAUCGCGGGUGGGCUUAUCCUGGUUCUGCUGAUUAUGCUGGCGUUGCGAAUGCUUCGUAGUGAAAACAAGCGUCUCCAGGCCCAGCGCCAACAGAUGCUGUCUCGCCUGCAUUACAGUUUUCAUGGACACCACCAUGCCAAGAAAAGCCAUAUGGCCAAGUUGGACUUAGAGUGCAUGGUGCCGGUAACGGGACAUGAGAACUGCUGUCUGGGCUGCGAUAAGCUGCGGCAGACGGAGCUGUGCAAGGGAGGAGGAAGCGGAGGAGAACACCUCCUAUCUCUUGUGCACUGGGGGAUGUACACAGGACAUGGCAAGCUGGAGUUCGUAUGACUACUCGGAGCUUCCUUGUUAGGGCACAAAAGGGUAACUGUGUAGUUUGCUGUCAUAAUUUUAUUAUGGUCCCGCUCGGCAUGUUAUUUUAUUGUCUCCAUGGAGAGCGAAGAAAUUUCAAGGACACAAAUCUUUGUGUUUUCUCUAAAGAGCACUUUACUUGAAUUAGAUUGGCCCGUCUGUGGGGCUGUGGUGAAUAUGAAAGGGGCGGGGCUAAUGACUACAAACUCCGCCCCUUCCCCACCAAGCUGUGUCCUGUGGAUCCUGGAAUGACACUGAAGACUGAAGGAUUCGUAAAGACGGUCUUAUUUUGCACAUUUGUAUAAAAAGGACUAGAUGACUGUGGGUUGGUUGGAAAGUUGCAUUCGAAGUGGCUUUUUUUUUUGAAGAAUUUUACACUGACACCAGGGUACAAAUAAGGUUUGUUGUAGUCAAAUUGAAUGAAUAAAGGAUCCAAUCUUGACUGUAACAAA